GUCAUUCUCUUCGCAGCACAUUUUGCAUGCACGAUUGCAAAUGUGGCUAUUUACUGUUUUAAAAUCUAAUUCCUCUUUCUUUUUGUAAAUCAUGACUGACACCGAGACCACCAAUGGUCCCUCUGGGGAACAGCCCCAAGAGAAGACCGCGAAACAACUGAAGAAAGAAGCCGAAAAAGCGGCAAAGUUGGAAAAACUUAAAGCGAAAUUGGAUAAGAAAAAUGCCGCGCCAGCUGUGCAGAAAGAUAAGCCAGAGAAAAAAGCUAAAGAAACAAAAGAAAGUGCAGUGUACACUGGCAACACAGCACCAGGAGACAAGAAAGACAUAGCUGGGUCUAUGCCCGAUGCCUACAGCCCUCAGUAUGUUGAAGCUGCUUGGUACGCCUGGUGGGAGAAGCAGGGCUUCUUCAAGCCAGAGUAUGGGCGAAAAUCAAUACUGGAUCCUAAUCCGAAAGGCAAGUUCAUGAUGGUGAUCCCGCCCCCAAAUGUCACUGGUAGCUUGCAUUUGGGACAUGCCCUCACUAAUGCAGUCCAAGAUGCACUAACAAGAUGGCACAGAAUGAACGGCCGCACGACUCUCUGGAACCCGGGCUGCGACCACGCCGGUAUCGCCACUCAAGUGGUGGUGGAGAAGAAGUUAUGGCGAGAAGAGAAGAAGUCACGCCACGACCUCGGCCGAGAGGAGUUCAUCAAGAGAGUAUGGGACUGGAAGAACGAAAAAGGCGGGCGCAUCUAUGAGCAGCUCCGUUCUCUCGGCUCGUCGUUCGACUGGACCCGCGCGCGGUUUACGAUGGACCCCAGCAUGUGCCGCGCCGUCAACGAGGCCUUCAUCCGGCUGCACGACGACGGCGACAUCUACCGGGCCAACAGGCUUGUCAACUGGUCCUGCACACUCAAGAGUGCGAUAUCUGACAUCGAGGUGGACAAAAUGGAACUCACUGGCAGGACAUUCCUCUCCAUCCCUGGAUACGAUUCUAAGGUGGAAUUCGGAGUACUAGUGUUGUUCGCGUACAAAGCAGAAGGUACUGAUGACGAGAUCGUGGUGGCCACCACCCGUCCUGAGACCAUGCUCGGAGACGUAGCGGUGGCCGUGCACCCCAAUGACGUCAGGUACAGACACCUCAUCGGCCAGAAUCUUAUUCAUCCGAUCGUGGACAGGAAACUGCCCGUAAUUGCCGACGAGUAUGUGGACAUGAACUUUGGAACUGGUGCCGUGAAAAUAACUCCGGCGCACGAUCCCAAUGACUACGAGAUAGGCAAGCGGCACAACCUGCCCUUCAUCACCAUAUUCGACGACGAAGGAAAAAUGCUGGACAACUGCGGACCGUUUGAGGGCAUGAAGCGAUUCGACACCCGUCGCAACAUCGUCAAGAUGCUGGAACAGCUGAAGUUAUACCGCAAGACCAAGGACCACGCCAUGGUGGUGCCUCUCUGCAGCCGCUCCAAGGAUGUAGUGGAACCCAUGUUGAAGCCGCAAUGGUACGUUCGAUGCGACACCAUGGCCUCAGAGGCGAUCAAAGCCGUCAAGUCAGGCGAGCUGAAGAUCAUUCCCGAUGUCCACGAGAAGACCUGGUACCAUUGGAUGGAGAACAUCAGGGAUUGGUGUAUCUCCCGCCAGCUGUGGUGGGGACAUAGGAUCCCCGCGUAUAAGGUCACUUUGGCGACCCAGGAGCGCGCCCCGGACGAGGAGACGAAGACGGCGCCGCGCCGCCGCCGCACGCGCAGCGGCCGCAAGAAGUGCGCGCGCAUCCGUGUUUAUGAGCGCGCCCCGGACGAGGAGACGAAGACGGCGCCGCGCCGCCGCCGCACGCGCAGCGGCCGCAAGAAGUGCGCGCGCAUCCGCGCCCGCCACCACGACGCCGUCGCCGCCGCGCUCUCGCGCUCCACAUGCAAAAAAGACGAAGACUUCUGGAUAUCAGCGCACUCAGAGGAAGAAGCUCGUAUCAAGGCAGCGAACAAAUACCAGGUGCCGGCCGACCACAUCACCCUGGCGAGAGAUGAGGAUGUCCUGGAUACCUGGUUCUCGUCCGGACUGUUCCCGUUCUCGAUAUUCGGGUGGCCUGACCAGACUGAGGAUUUACAGGCGUUCUACCCUGGAACACUGCUGGAAACUGGACACGACAUCUUAUUCUUCUGGGUGGCAAGAAUGGUGUUCUUCGGUCAACGACUUCUAGGAAAACUACCUUUCAAAGAAAUCUACCUCCACCCAAUGGUGCGAGACGCGCACGGCCGCAAGAUGUCCAAAUCGCUGGGCAACGUCAUCGACCCAGUGGACGUGGUGCGCGGAGUGACGCUCGAGCAGUUGCACGCGCAACUUGCGGACUCCAACCUGGACCCCAAGGAGGUGGAGCGGGCCAAGUCUGGCCAGAAGCAGGACUAUCCCAACGGGAUACCGGAGUGCGGGACCGAUGCGCUGAGGUUCGCCCUGUGCGCGAUGACGCAAGGCCGUGACCUGAACCUGGACAUCCUGCGUGUUCAAGGCUACCGCUUCUUCUGCAACAAGCUGUGGAACGCCGCCAAGUUUGCGCUCAUGUACUUCCCCAAAGACACCGUUUAUGAGGUCCACACACCAAAUGUACCAGCCAACCUGGCCCCAAUGGACCGGUGGAUGUUGUCCAAACUGGCCCUCGCCGUGCAGAAGGCGAACGCCGGCUUCCAAGCAUACGACUUCCCGUCAGCCACUACUCAUUGUUAUAACCUGUGGCUGUACGACCUUUGCGAUGUUUAUUUGGAGUACCUAAAACCAGUGUUCGCGCAAGGCACCGAAGAACAGAAGGCGGCGGCCAGGCGUACUCUCUACACCACCCUGGACUACGGCCUCAAGCUGCUCAGUCCAUUCAUGCCGUUCGUCACCGAGGAGCUGUUCCAACGAUUGCCGAGGAAGGAUACGUCAUGCCCGUCUAUUUGCGUGGCCAGCUAUCCCACGGAAUCCGACGCGCCCUGGCGGUCUGAAGCCAUCGAGGCGGACGUGGAGACAGUCCUCAAGAUGGUGCACCUGAUCCGCUCCUCGCGGUCCGAGUACAACCUGGCCAACAAGCAGAAGACCACCGCGCACCUCAUCAUAGCGGAAGACUUGAAGGGAGACCAUUUAAGGGCAUUGUUCAGGAACUUGCAGUCAUUGGCGUACAGUGAACUGAGCGAUGAGAAGCCUCCGACUGGGUGCUCCAUUCUGACUGUAUCUGAUAAAAUUGAAGUGCAUUUAGUGCUCAAGGGCCUCAUCGAUCCUCAGAAAGAGAUAGCGAAACUGGAGAAGAAGAAGGAAGCUCUGUCACAAAUUAUAAGCAAGCUACAGCAGGCAAUAGCGGCAGACGACUACACUACUAAAGUACCAGUGGACGUACAAAAUCUUAACUCUGAGAAGCUCGCUCAAUCCCAAGGAGAAAUAGAAAGGCUACAAGCGGCGAUGGAAACCCUAAAACUUAUGUAAUGCUGAAACCGGACUUGAAAUGUAUGAAACCGUGAUAUUAGCACUCAACUUUUGUUAUGAUGAAUUUUUCCAAUCAAUUUUGAACUUUGACGGUAGUGACCGUAAAGUUAGAAAUCGAAUGAGGAAAUUUUAAAGUUUGUAGGUUGUUCUGUUUGUAACCUCAGUUAUUUUAGAAAUUUCUAAGGCUGGGUUGCACCACCUAACUUUAACGGUAAUAAUAACGAUAACCGGUGCGUUUUGUAUACAGUUUGACAGAUUUUUGACGUUUGUUAAAAGUAAAGUAAGAUGGUGUAACCCAGUCUAAGAGUACGUAUAAUGUUAUUUGUGGUAGGUCAAAGUGCUAGAAGAUAUUCUAUUGCACAGAAAUGUGCGUUGUAUUUUUUUUUCUUUAUUAUAUGUCAUAGUCUUAUUAGUAUAAUAAUACCUCUUUAGUUUUACCGAAAAGUAUUUUAUACGUAUAUUUUCGAUAGUUGUAAGAAUUAUUACAAAUAUGACUACCGAGUACCUCUGUAUUCUAAAGUGUAUGAUAGCACUAAGAUUUAAGUAUGAUAUUUAUUUAUCAAUAAAUUAUCAUAACUUUCAUAUGUUUCUCGUCUGAUGUUCGCGAAAACAAGUUUCAAUAUAAGAAAAGUCAGGUUUUUUUAAGACUGCCUCUACCUGAAUAUUACCGUCUACAAGGGUGUUAAUUUAUUUCUUUUUGCAAUAAAAUCGCUUUUAAAUAA